CAGGGCAGGGAGCGAGGGCACGGCCAGCGCUCGCCGCUCCCGCACGCCAUGGGAGCAGACGCCAAGGGACCGCGGGGCCGCGGGGCUGCCGGGACAUUGCCCGCCCCGGGACGGUGACAGGGCAGGGGCUGGCUGGGAGCACCCGCUCGCUGCACCCCCUCUUCCCGGCACGCCACGACGCAGGUUUGAGUUUUCCGGAGCCCUCGACCCCGCGAUGGGGUGGCUGUGACGGAGACGGGACGGGGCAGGACGUGUGCUGGAGGCGUUGGAUGGGAACGGUGGCUCCCCAGAGGACGCGGCUGGGGACGGUAAGAGGCGCCGUCCUGCCCCCAGCUCUAAGGAUGCACCGGCUUCUCCUGCUCGGCUCCCUCUGGCUCUUGGCGGCACCCCCAGCAUCGAGCAUCUUCCAGCGGCCGACGGGGAGCCCGGCCCCCCCACGCCUGCAGUACCUGCUGGAGCCCCUCCACGCCGUGGUGCACACGCAGCGGGGUGCCACGGCCACCCUGCCCUGCGUCCUGCGCGCCCUGCCCCGCAACUACCGGGUGAAGUGGAGCAAAGUGGAGCCGGCCAACUACCGGGAGAGCAUCAUCAUCAUCACCAACGGGCUGUACCACAAGAACUACGGGCCGCUGAGCCCCCGGGUGCGCCUGCGGCACAGUCACCGCUACGACGCCUCGCUCACCAUCACCGACGUGGCUCUGGAGGACGAGGGACGCUACCGCUGCCAGCUCGUCAACGGGCUGGAGGAUGAGAGCGUCUCGCUGACGCUGCACCUCGAAGGCAUCGUCUUCCCCUACCAGCCCAGCAACGGCCGCUACAAGUUCAACUACCACGAAGCCAAGCGAGCCUGCGAGCAGCAGGACUCCCGCCUCGCCACCUACCAGCAGCUCUACAAAGCCUGGACGGAGGGUCUGGACUGGUGCAACGCCGGCUGGAUCCUCGACGGGACCGUCCACUACCCCAUCAUCAAUUCACGGGAGCCGUGCGGUGGCCGCCUCCUCCUGCCAGGCGUUCGGACCUAUGGGGCCAGGGACAAGCAGAAGGACCGAUUCGAUGCUUUCUGCUUCACCUCCGCUCUUCAAGGCCAGGUCUACUUCAUCCGGGGCCACCUGAAUUUCAAGGAAGCCGGGCAAGCGUGCCACAACCACGGGGCUACCAUCGCCAAAGUGGGGCAGCUCUAUUCCGCCUGGAAGUUUUCCCAGCUGGAUCGCUGCGACGGGGGGUGGCUGGCGGACGGCAGUGUGCGGUACCCCAUCACCACCCCCCGCGAACGCUGCGGGGGGCUGCCGGACCCCGGCGUCCGCAGCUUCGGCUUUCCCAGCAAAGAACUGCGGACCUACGGCACCUACUGCUACGUGGGGAAGUAGGAAUGCCGCGAGGAGCGGUGGGGCUGAGCAGAGGGGACGGUGGUGGGACGCCAGCCCUCGUCACCCGGGCGGAGAGCUUGAGGCGGGUACGUGGUGGGGGUCUCCCGGUGAUUUCGGGUGGUUCUGUCCUCCGAUGGAGCAAUAGAGCUGGGUUUGGGUGCUCAGUGCAACCUCUGAUGGAGCUGCUCCCCGCACCCCAGCCUGCUUCAGGGCUCGUUGGGUGUUCGGGGCUCGCUGGAGAAGCCAGACCCAUUGCUGGGCCAGGGAGGGGGUCUAAUCCAGCCCCCCCGACAGGCAGCACAGGCUCCCCGUUCCCCAACCCCGGUGCACCCCUCGCCCCAUCCUCGCUCCCUGCAGCCACGAGGACUCUGGCUGGUGCAAGCGCGCUGGAGGGCCGGGCAUUAACGAGCGUGACUAAUGGAGUUUCGCCUUCUCAAUUAAUAAAGCGGUA